GUACGUUGUUUUCAACAGUUUACAUAAAUCUGUCGCUUGUGUUUCUUGAAUUCCGAACCUUUCUCUCUUCGCAACGCUCGAAUACACAUACAUCUGUCUCGCUUUGAAUGUGAAAACUGUUAAAAAUUUCAAGCGAUACGAGCAAAUCUCAGGAGGCAUUCGUAAACGCCCGGUCCUCUCGCGCUCGGCACGCUCCUGCGCGCACGGCGUACACAACACACAGACGCGCGCACAGCCAGAUGGAGGAACAUACACCAACGUACACACACGGUGCGACGACGGCGACAGUCCCGCUCGCACGCGCGCAGCGCCCUCGCGCACUUACACCCAUGUACGCGCGUGCGUUUCACGUUCCGCGAUUCGCGUAUAUCGCCACUGUAUUCCCGAAAAAGAUGGCCGCCACGAAAGCGUACGGUGGUGAUGUUGACGUUGUCGUUCGUACCGAGGUCGCGUCACGUCCUCGUGCCGCGUGAAGAUUGUUGUGCGUGCGUGCGUACAUCCGCGUACGCCGUGUCCGUGGACCGUGCCGUCGUGCCCAUCGAGCAUCGUCGCGGGCGACGAACAUACGUGAGUGUGAGAGAGAGAGAGAAAGACAGAGCGCGAGCGAAGGUGGUGCCCGUCGUUGAUCCCGACGAUCGAGUGCCGUGAGAUUUCGUGUGACUCUACAGUGGUCUUUCUUCUCCUUGGCGUUCCAGACGACGUUCGACCGAACGGAACCUCCAGGGAAAACGAACGAGCGAGCGAGCGAGAGGUGAGAAAGGAGAGACAGCUAGCUACAGUAAGAGCGAGAGAGAGUGAGAACGUGAGAUAACGAGUGCUCUGAAACUUGUAUACGUGACCGUCGCGAGUGAGAACGUAGCCCGGAAACAUCGGGCGCACGUUUACGUGAGAGGAGAAAGAUCGCGCGUGCGGGGCUUCGUCGCGGAGGAAAGUCGUGGGACGAGCGUGCGUGCGUGUGUGCGAGUGAGGAGUCAGCGAGGAAUCGUCGCCGGGCCGCUGGCGCGUGGAAAAAAUCCGGCGAGGGAGAAACAGAACGAGCGCGACAAGGAGAGUACCGGUGGGAAGGGGAAGAGAGAGAGCGAGACAGAGAGAGAUACGCGUUAUACGAGCAGUGUGUCCCGUGUGUCGCGCUUAGGCUCUAGCUAAGUUAUCGUGAUCGUGGGUGGUGCGUGGUGGUUUCCCCGCGAGUGAAACAAAUGCGUGCGCGUCGUACGCCACGAGCUACGAGACCGCCAACGAAGUGCGUCGUCGCUGUCGCCGUCGCCGUCGCUGUCGCGUCAUCGUGCCAUCUCGCCGUUGUGCCAGCAACACCGAGCAGCCGUCGCUGCCGCUGCCAGCGUCGCAAGCGUUCGCUUUUAAGCGCGAUCCGAGCCUCUGUGUCAACCGAGGGACGGCCAUAUUAAUCCGCCGUCACCACCGCCACCGCCACCACCACCACCGCCACCACCACCGCCACCGCCGCCGCCGCCGCCGCCGCCGCCGACGCCGCCGCCGACGUCCUCGGAGUACUGCGCUUCCUGGUGCGCCUUCUGGAUUCUCGUGACGAGUUAUCCGGCGUGGGAUACGUUUUCUUUCCCCGGCCCCUCGCCCCGCCCCUUCACGUCGUUCGGGGUGUCGUGCGUGCGUGCGUGCGUGCGUGCGUGCGUGCGAGUGCGUGUGUGUGUGUUCUCUGUCCGGGUCUCUACUUCAAAGCUUCUCUUCUCGGUUUUCUCAGUUUUUUCUCUUCGCCCCCUGCCACAAUCACCGUCGCCGGAUGACGGCGCGUGUACGUGGUGCGUGCGGCACGGUACCUGUGUGUACGACGAGCGGCAUAGUCGACGAGGUGCGUCCCGUGCCGCCUGAUGUCUACGCAUCGUCUUCGUCGCACGGAGACAGCACAGCGGCUCGCCACCCCCGUGUCUACCCCUACCUCCGUCAGCAAUACCACCCUUCCUAGGCCCUAUGGUAGCCACACGCUUCAGUCGGUUCCCGCGUCGCACAGUGGUUCGUUCACGAGCUCCAAGGGACAAGAAUAUUCUACAAAGGCGAUCGAGGGGCUCGAGGCGACACUGAGUGACAGCAAGAAGAAGGUGCCGUACAGCGACAAGGUGAGUGCGCUUCUGGCAGCCUGGGAGUAUGUCACCAACUUUAUUCCUACGGCACCGCCUGAGGCUAUCCAGUCCCUCAUAGAAUGGACUCACAGACAUACAUUGACAUUGGUAUUGCGCGGGGAGUGGCCGAAAUUGGGAAAGGCACCCAAAACACACCUCACCGUAACGCUGCAGAGGUGUUUAACUCAGCUGGGGCAACAUCCCGCUACACCCAGGUGUACCGCCCUGCUGGCUCUGGUGAUCAAUCCAUGGACGAAUCCCGUCCUCGACAGCAUACUUAACGGUCAACCGGAUUCCGAACAUGAGGAGGAAUUCUGUUGUUCGGAGAAAGGCGAGCUGCUGACGAUGAGACUGAAGAUACUCUGCGAGGACCGCUGCGAGGACAUAGCGGUGAACCUCGCCGCCGCGUGCGUGCGCUCCCUCAGACGAAGCGAUCAGCUGCGGUCGCUCUCGGAGUCUCAUCACGUCCAUUACAUGAUCGACGUGUAUAUCGUCCUCUUGUACAAAUUGAAACGCACGCAAGAUAUUUUCGCUCAAUUAAAAUUAAUGGACCUCAACGACGGGCUCGAAUUGGUCCAAAGGCUUAGCGGUGAGAAGCCAACGAAGUAUGGAACGGCGCGUGUUUGGAGAAAUUCGAUAAAGGCUGCGGAAUUGGUCGCGCAGUAUCUCGUUACUGCCGGGAUGGUACGACCGGUAUCGGAAACUGGUGCAAAUAUUUUGGAGCAGAUUUUGAACUCUUGGGCACUGCUGCACGCAAAAUUGAAGGAUGUUGCACCGACUCUGCCUGGCAUGAUUAGAAAAUUAAUUGAACCCGCGGAAAGUGCUCAACAUAUUUAUAUCUUCUGUGCAGUACUUGCAAAACAUUUCGGCGAGAAUAUAAAACCUUUGGUGAUCGAACUGUACAUCAGAGCGCUAACAACGGAUAUGAACGAGCUGGAAAGUCAGAAGGUGAAGUCGGACAAGGAUAAGGUGCGCGAGACCGCCAAGCGUCUGAGCACGCAAUUCCUCAAAUUGGCGGACGUAGUAGACAGCAAUAUUGGCAUCGCAAGAGAAUGCGUUUUGACAGCAUUCUCCUUACAUCCUACUAGAGCCUGUUACGACAGAAUAAAGGAAUUGGCAGUGGCGUGUGGAAAAGCAAAAGAAGAUGGCAUAUCGCAAGAGGAGCCAAUUAUCAAAGAGGAAUUAAUUAACAAGGAAGAAACAACUAUCAAGGAAGAAUCUAUGGAAACUACAAACGUUCAUCUUCCUGAGUCAACCAUUGAGGUUGAAAUAAAAUCUGAACUAACAGAAGAUAAUAGUGUUAUGGACACAUCGUUGGCAUCUUCGUUGAGUUCGACAGUUUUAGAAACACAGCUGCUGCAUCAAAAUUCAACCAUCGCAAAGGACAUAGAUCUUCAAAACGGUCAGGUAACGAAAACGUUUGAGCAAACCAAUCAGUUAUUGAAGAGCCUGUUGGCAAAUAAUACCGACACGACAUCGUCUGAAAUGCCAACACCAGCGACGUCAAAUAGCGACAGGUGUCCGUUGCAUCUAAAACGUGAAUCUUCAUCCGACCUCGGCGAGCUUUGUUUCAAUUAUGGCGAAUUCACCGAUAAUAAUCAAUUAAAAGAUGAUAAAUUACAAUUGGACGAAGCUAGCACAACGCCGGAGAAGAACGUAGAAAGAACAUUGGACGCGUUGAUUUUAAUCAAAGGCGAUGCGGUGACUGGUUCGGCGAAUUAUGACGAGAAAUCUGUGCCCAGCCAAGUGCUAGAUGGCGAGAAAUUGGGUUUGUCGCCCCAACUGUGCGAUGAUCUAGCUGUAGUAUUGAGUAGUCCACGUUACCACAUGCUCAGUUGGGUAUUGGACUGGAAAGAAUUGAAGAAUUUAUGCGAGCGGUAUCUGGAAAAUACCGAGGAGAUGCGCAAUACGAACAAGGAGCUUAAGUAUCUAAACAUUGAUUAUUCUCAGUUCAAGGAUUGGCCAUCGGAAGACGAUACGAAGGAUGUUUUCUUUGGUAUCGAGAAAGGCUACGAGCAGUGGGUCGACCUGCCGUCCGACAGUUCCGAGCAAUUCGGUAGCUUCCAGCCGGCGGCCGGCUAUAAACGUUCAUCGGUGCGUCGUAGUCUGGACGACACCACGACGGAUUCCGAUAGUGGUAGUGUAUUACGUGUGCGACGUACCGCACGAACACGAAAGAUUCAUCGAUUGGAAUCGUCCGAAAGUGACUACGAUAGCACUGAACGUAAACCAAAGCACUUUAGAAAUAGGAUCAGCUCGGUGUCAGAUAGCGACAGUAACACGCAGGAUAGUCAGACUGACAGUCUAGGCAGUGACGGUUGUCGAUUAAAGACUAAGAAGAAAUCCAAUAAAUCGAGUGGCAAAGAAUCCAGUAAGAAACGUGCGUCGAAAGCAUCAAACCUCACUGUCGAGUCUGUUUCGCAUUUUCAUAUGUUAGUAAAUGAAGAGCGGCACACGAAUGCGCACGAGGACGCCAGUGGUUCUGAUGUUAGCAGCAACGAUAUCAUUACUCUCUUUUCUGCCGAUAUGGACGAAAACAAGCGCGAGACGAUCAAAGGAUCAGCAUACACCGCAGCGGCGCAAUUAAUCAUUACAUCAAGUGAACCGAUUCCAAGAAGAAGCGAUCCAGCGGUGCUGAAAUCUCUUAGGAUGUUCAGGUCGAAAAAGUCGUCGAGAAUCUCGCAGAUUCUACAGAAAAAUAUGUUAAACAAGAACAAGGAUGCUAAUAACGGCAAUCGAACGGAUACCGAACAACAAGCGACCAACAACAUUGCGAAAUUUGCGCCAAUGCUGAGCACGCUGAAUCUGAACCCAAAGAUUGUGCUGACGCGCACGGACGAGACCGAUCAUAAAUUGACAAGCCGUGUCAAGAAACCGCAGCAACGGUUAAGUAGCGGUGACAUCACCAGCGAGCUGAUGAACAUACAGAAAUCGAUGCCGUUCUCGCCAAACAAAAGUGUAAUUACGUAUCAGAAAAAGCCAAAAAAUCGUGCUGCUAGCGUCAAGAAUAACACCGGCAGCAAGAGCGACAUAUCCUGCUCUGUUGUAAUUGACGGACGUUGCGAUAAUCUUCAUCAUCAUCAUCAUCAUCAUCAUCAUAAUCAUCAUCAUUUUGGCUCCGUCAAGUCUAAUUUGAAUAAAACCAAGUUUGAUAUUCUAGAGCAGGCCGUUAGGGAUUCCGAUAUAUUGGCCAAAAAUGUGCCGGGUCUGAACUCGCUGGAUAUGAUGGUACCACCGCGACAGCAUUCCACAGUGAAUGUUGUCCAGCUUUCCAGAAGUAGUGUACCACAGAGUCCAAAUUCCGCCACAGGAACAUCGACAACCAUUAACGUCAGUGGUAACACACCGCCGCGGCCGACACGCACUCCAAGCGUGGCUAGUAACCAAAGCAGUGGCGGUGGCAACGGCAGUAUACAGCUGCCGGGUACCCCGUCCUCGACGGGUGGCCACGAUAGUGGAGUUGGCAUGAGUCCAGCUGGUCAGACGCCACCGUUGAGAUCAUCAUCGAACCUCGGAAUGCCGGACACCAUCGGCGAAGAGGCCAAUCAGCCAUUGGACGCUGCGUCACCGUCGACUAUCGGCCUGACGAUUCCGACGACGAUGUCUGCCAAUAAUGUUUCCUCAGUGGUUCAUCAACUUGAAAUUACUGCUACCGAGUCGUCAAGUCCAAUAAGAAUGGCGCAGUUACGCCGUGCAAAUAAUCAGCAGAAUAAUCAAUCACCGAAAAAGUCACCCUCUUCGCCGUGUUCUGCGGGUGUAGGAAUAACUACAAUCACAACAAUGACGACCGCGACGACCACAAUGUCUUCAGGCGGAGUGAUCGCGCAAUCCGAAUCGUUAAAAGUCAUCUGCAAAUCCGGCAGUUACCAGCUUGCGUCUAUUAAUCCCAAUCAGAUUAUAUCCAAUCAAAGGAACAUUUUAAGCUUGCAAAACCUAGAGGACGGUAGCGGUACAAAUUUUAUAAGACAAACGACGCAACAACGUAGUGUGGAUGCAACAGGCAAUGCGUCGUCUAACAGAAACGCUUAUGACCGACUAACUGGCACAAGCACUGUGAAGAAUACGUCGCAGACUAGUCAGAACACUGGUUUACCUAAGUUCCAACAGGCCUUUCGUAAAACUUCCAUCUAUACUUUGUCGGAUGCGACCGCAAGUGGAGUUGCUAAUGCUGCGACAGAUACACCGCUGGGUAGCGUUCAACAAGUGGCGACGACAUCCGCGCAGAAGACAACGAAUUUAUCAAAGGCGGUACAGACGUCUGUACCGAAUAAUCAACAGCAACAGCAACAACAGGUGAAUGCUGUAAAUGUAAAUGUGCAAUCGAUCAUUCCUAAUCUGCAAAUGCAAGCCGGCAGGCAGAUAGUCAACAUUGUGAAUUCCGGUAAUAACGGUCCAGCAAACACUCCCCUCAGUUCAAAUCAGACUACGAAUCCAACACUUACACAACUCGUGGCUCAAAAUGCCAAUUCGUCAAACACCGGCGUUAUUUAUACGCACAAAGUAAUAGCCAAUAAUCCGAAUCAGCUAAACAUCAUUCCACCAACGAUCAUAUCGCACGGCAAUUCGGCACAAAGUGGCAGAACUCCCGUGGUCAAACUUAAUAUUAUCCGUGCGCCAGUUAGACCACAAAAUGUCACGGGAGCUAUUCAGGUCUUGACAUCGAGGUUACAGCAACAACAACAGCAGCAGCAGCAGCAACAGCAGCAAGCCGUAAGAGCAGACAGUCUAAUUGGUUCUCCGAUCGAGGUAAACAAUUCGGUGAGCUCGACGACUCUGGAACAAUUACGGGAGUUCGAGAGUGUGCUGGAACAGGUGAAAGAGAGAAGUAUUCAACCGCAGUCUCAUCAGUCGACCUCCAGUAACGCAACCACGACAGCCGUGCAGACGCAGACCACCACGCAACAGACUCAGGCAAGCAAACAGCAGCAGCAGCAACAACAGAUAUCCGUUAGUACUUUGGCGCAGCAACUGAUGAUGCCGACUCAAUCCAGCUCAAACAGCGAACCGUUUGCCAGCAAUGGCAAUACCGUGACAUUCCAACAACAGGAAUCUUCUGUGUAUCCACAGAAGGUCUCUCUGGCCUAUGUAAAUCCAAACAGCGGCACUACCAAAGUGGCGGCCAAUUCUACGACACCGGUGGUCGUAGUCACCAGUUAUUGUCAACCAGCAGCAUCACCGGCGCUGAGCGUCACGUCUCAGAGUUCUUCGAGCCCAUGCGUGACGCCAGCACCAGCACCGAUACCACAAUCGGCUGGUAAAACACCAUCGACGCCGCCAUCCACUGCAACUGGAACCGCCGCUGCUGCUAAAACUAAUGUGAAGAAAUCGACACCCAAAGCGGUCAAGAGCAGUGCCACUAAUACAUCCAAGGCAUCACCGAUUCCGAAACCACAGCAAAAGCCACAGGAGGACGAGCAGACUGCUCAGCGAAUUUACGCGAUUCUUGACGAAUACGCAGAGCAGCUGAGAAACUCGCCGGAUCUUAAUAACAAACCGGCGCCUCGCAGAAGAUCCAAUCCGCCGACCAAUCCGAGUCAAUCAUCGAAAAGAAAGAAAUCAAGCUCUAGCAAAACCAAGCCAACGGUGGGACAACAGACUUCCGAAUUGAGCCCUAGCACGGAUGAUCUCGGUAGAACUAUGGGCAGCGAGGAUUCGUCCAGUGGUAUUGUACACGUACAGGACAGUCCAGCCGGUUUCUCUGCACCAGAAGAACCUUCGAUGAGUGCGGACGCAAGUGCAGAGGUACGCAAUCUAACGAGCGACUCGAAUGACGGUGUUGAAGUAAAUGUGAAACGGCGUAAUCUCAUCUUCACGGAGCCAGGCACAGGUCAGCCUACUCGUGCAGUGAUUGUUCAGGAAGCAUUGCAAUCCAGCUCGGUGAGCGAGGCGCUCGCUUCGGUAACGAGCAAAAUGAGCGGUACGUCAGUACUAAUGCCUACCAGUAUCGUGGUACCAUUGAUGAAAGGUUCCCAACAGUUUCACAUAGUGUCUGGAAACAAGUUGAUCACGGCUAUGCCAACGGCUAUGCGCACGGCCAGCGGUACUGUUCCCAACACUUUACUGUUACAAUCUUUUCUCAAUCAGGGCAAGUUGAUUUCUGCGCAACCGCAGGUCAAACAGAUGAAGAUGCAGCCCACCUUGCAGACAUUAUCGAACAAUAAUCAAACGCUGACCGGCGCGCAGAGCACGCCCGUGGUGAUAUCGCAGACCGGAAGCACGCAGUUUUCUGCAGAGGCAGCUACUGUGACGGUGUCGACACCAGAUAAGCCCAGUGUGAUUAGUGAGUUGACGUUGAAGAAUGAUGCUGUGGCCACCGGUAGUGCGAUUGCGGUAGAAUCAACGCCGACAAACGCUAUCGUGGUGAAUAAGAAUAAUCCCACUCUCAGCUUAAUCGGAACUCGGAACAUCAACGAAAUAUCGGACAGUCAGCAAAUAUGCGGCGUCAUCACCAGUAAUCCGACACUGCAGAACACGAGGUUUUUCAAUUCGAACAUACACAAGUUGUCGUCGGCGCCUGCCACCUUGAAGGCGGAAAAUGUGGUCUGUCUCACGCCGGCUACUGCGGUUUCACAUUCACCAGAAAAGAAAUCACCUCAAGAUGGGCAGAUACAUGAGAAGACGGUACCCAUACAAACGGGCACUGCCAUCGCGCUCGCCUUCACUCAACAAACUGAUGUGAACGCCAUGUUGAACGAUGCAAAUCAACAACAGCAGAAGGACACGAAGGAAGCUUCCACCGAGAUAACGUCCGGUACCAAAAUCAUUUCACCGAAAACAGUAAAGAGAAAAUUCGACAACACUAUCAGCAUACAGGAAAACAUAUCGCCGAGAUCUUUGAUUUCCUCGAGCAUUGCCACAUCAUUACAGAACAAUAUAAAACUUGAGCCUAUGUCUUCUAUUACUUCCACAAACAAGCAAUCGAGCGUUAUUGAUAGCACGACGCAAUUCCUGGUGACCGGUGGACCGAGUAGUUCGGAUAGCCAGGAGUCAUCUGUGCAACAGUCCACCGAGACAAUCGAUGGAUCCUGCAAAGUUGGAAAUGGGUUGCUGUACGAAAACGCACACUUACAGGAGGCUUGGGAACCGGAAGGAAAAAUCUCGCCGGAAACGCCAUGGAGAUACAAUCCUACGACAAUGAAUACACUGAGUAACGAGCCAUUGAAAGCAUAUUCCAGAAAGAGAAUUCGACUGGCCACGAUCAAUUCCAGGGAUAAUGACAACUCCGAGAGCGUGCUGCAGAUUAUCAACAAGGGCCAGGGCAUCGAGAUGGCGAGCGGACAACUCUAUCAAUCGAAUGCAAAAAAAUACUUUAUGAAUCAUACUCUAGACACUCCAUACUCCAACAAGAGUAACUUGAUGAAAUCGCAGUUGAUUCCCAGAAUGGACCGCGAGCUGAUGCAACAGAGGAUAGAGAGAAAAUACGAACGUGAACUCAAGCUGCAAAAAAGCUUGUCAGAGGAGUGUGAAGACCUGGGAGUCGACGAGCCUAGCACUAGCGAGCUAUUCCCCGAGGCAGAGCUACUAUUUGAUACGAAUCAUUCGCCGUCGUUUGAUCAUUCCUCGCAAGAUGCGUCCUGCAGUCAGUCUCUGGGUAUGAAGCCGUACAACAGUUCAUUCUUCCGAUCGCUAGACUCGUCUAGCGGUAGCAGAGAUGCAAGUCCAACAAGCGAUUUCAAGACGAACGAACGCAAAAAGAAUACAAGUCAACGUGCGAGAGCUUUAAAGGAUCCGAAGAGGAAGCGAGAGAAGGAGGAUCUGCAAUUGGGUAUCCCGAAACAUAUGCGAUUGGCUCUGGACAAUUUAAGUCAGGAUGAAGCGUCGAAUAGCAACUCUGAUAUCUCCAGGCUAUCACCGGCGAAUCUUGGCUCUUUAGAGAACGACUCGUCAAAAGAUAUGAGUCAUCGCGUCAAACUUACCUCGAGGAGCGGCUCGAAAGAGGGAACACCCAGCAGCGUAUCUAGCAUACCAUCCAAUAUGAAACUGGACAUUGACUUGGAUUCGGAAUCGUUGCCACACAGUAUGAACGUUAAUAACACUUCGACAGCGAGUUCAGGCGACGAAAGCUUGACUUUGCUAAGUGGUAAUACUGUGGAUCAUCAUACUAUAGAGUCGCCAUUGUCACCGUUGACUGGACCGCUGCUGUCUACGCACAAGUACACGUAUGCCAACAAAAAACGCAUGUCGUCGUCCAAGGUGCGUAUGGAUUCGUACAUGGCAUGGGAGAGUCCAAUGUCCGAGCGCACGAGGUCCAGCAGCGACGAUGAGGAUUCUAGCAUCAGCGAAUCAAUUGGUAGUCAACUAGAAGAUAACAUCACGUUGAGUAAUGGCCUGGAGGAUAGUGUACAAACGUUAAAAUCUUUGUCCUCCGAUCGGCAUUGCACGUAUAUGAAGAAAAAGGAUAAGAUAAAUGCCGCAAGAGUGAUCUUAAAUCGCGCUGAUCACAAAUCAACAAUAGCAGCAGCGACACUUCCAAAACGGAUUCCCAAGGCAGAUUCAAUAACAGCAACAGAGUCAAUGAUAGUAUCGAGCGAUAAGAUAUCGGAGGCAUCGGAGGACGAGACGAGCAAUAUUGUGCUGAUGGAACCGGCAGAUUGUCGCGCUAGAAGAUCCAGUUUGCGUUGCCAUGUAAAGAAAAACUGCGCGUGCUGCAAUGGCUCGCCGGAACGACCGAAAAAGAAAACUGCGGCGACAACAGUCAAAUCGACAGAUCAGAAGCUGAAGAAGCGGCUAUCGUCGAAGCAGCCUAGCAAGAAGAGGUAGUCCUAGCGAUCGAACGCUUGCGCGAGCAUCGCAACGUCUUGUUAUAUCAUUAGCGUAUCAUCGUCGUCGGUGGUUUACAAUGCGACGACGAUGCGGGCGUUUCAGCGCGAUCGAAACCGGACCGGGAGCGAUUUGACGCUUCUCGCUAAAAAACACGAUUCAGACAGCGAACGAUCUUAUCCAUGGAUCAAAAGAUCCAUGACGAUGGCACUGUAAAUAUUAUUGAAGACGCGCUUAAACGCGAAUUCCGUGAAUCUAUCAUACUUACAAUAUUUGGAGCAUUCAGCGGCUACACUUGCACGCAGGCAGACGAGCUCAAUUAUGCGAGCAAAAGAAAUAUUCUCCAUGAGUUUAAAUUAACAGUGGAUCUACUUCACGUCUAUUUGCGUGCUGUGUACGUGCAUAUUGAUAUAUGUGUGAAAGGAUGCGUGAAAGGAAAGAGAAAAAGAGAGAGAAAGAGAGGACGAGAGUAUAAUAAGCAUACGAUUUACUACUAAAUAGUUCUCGUCGAUAACAGUAGGUCAUCCCUCUACCAUUAGGUGUUAAUUACGAUAUUAAAUUGUAAGGUACAGAUCAUUUAUGUAUGGCAGACUUAGAUUUUAAAUCGUUAAGGACCGUUUAGCGAUGCAAUCUAGUCAAGUGGUGGGGUAUAGGCGACGAGUGAACAAAGCGUUAAGGUAAGAGAAGCAAGCGGAAACCAUAACGAUCGUUAAUAGAUCCCUCGCAAAGUAAAGAGAGAGAGCCUGAAUUUAUAUAAUUCAACUUACAGUAUGUCUAUCAUGGCAAAGCUAUUCCACGUUGUAACAUGGUGUGGUCAGACUGAAUAGACAAAUAAUAAUAGAGUUCUCUUUUCGAAGAAAUAUUAGAAUAUAGUAACAAGGACGUGCGGCGAUCCCGUGAGGAGUCGCACCGUCUUUGCCUUUCGUGUAAUGCUUACCUGUAUCUGUAUAACUCUAACUUUAUAGAGAAAAAAAAUUAUCGCUGUAAAUUCUCGGCACUCUACUCUUAAACGAUCCCCGAAGAACAAGGGGUUAUUAUUUGGAUAAGACCGAUACGCCCGACUUAAGUAUGCGAGGCGUAUGUGAGAUGGGAGGAGAGAGAAAAAAAAAGAAAGAUGUGGAGUGGCAAUAACAUGUUCUACGGAUCAUUCUAACAGCUGUCUGUUGUACGGCCCGACCAUACCUUGUCAUGGUGCAUGUAAAAAUCCACGAUUGUACAUUACGUAGAUAAUUCAUUAAAAAGGUAUAAUAUUAUAUAUAUAUACAUAUAUAUAUAUAUCGCUGCACUUUAGUACAAAAACGCUUCACUUUGUUUCAGAUGAGAAUGAUAGAUUUAUAUCGUAUCUCCGUGUGCUGUCGUGAAACGUGUGAAUGCCCGCAAAUUUUACUAUGGACUUAACUUUAAACUUGUAACUUGUAAAAGCUCGUAAGAACGGGAUAGAGGCUGCGUGGGAGUAUAAGUUUAUCUAACAUUUCGUUAUGAUAAUUACGAUUAACGUACGUCGGGCGCUGAUAUCCAUUCCAAAAUUUUUUAUCCCGGCGCACGGUAUAUAUGUAUAAAUAUGUAGAGUAUUACAUCGUCGAGUUUGUUCUUUCUCUCUUUUUCUGUUCUCUUUCGAUGUUGCAAGAAAAGAAUAUCAUAGCUUCAAGUAAUCGAGGUGUAACUGUUCCUGUGAAUAGUGUCUCAUUGCGUGAUAUGAACCAAAGUGAAGGCUCUGUCGAGAAAGUAUGAGAGAAACGCGUAAUGAAUCCAUGUAAAAAGCGAACAGCAAUACACGUGUAGAAUAUGUAAAUUAUAAUUAAACUAAUUCGAUCAUUCUGUAGAUUCUUUGUUUUUUGUUCUUUUUUAUUUCCGUAGAUUAAUUUAGUUAUUUCUUUCAGUAAUCGUUAAUCUUAUGUUUAGAAAAGAAUUAAGGCUAUAUUAUUUGUUGGAUAUAACAAUAUAUAUGUAUAUUAUAUUCUAUUUUACAUCUGAUGCAAAUAUCACAUGAUUAUUUGACGCUAAAUGAAGACCGAAGAGAAAACUUUUCUAUAUUAUAUUCUUUCCGAAUUUAAUGUUAUUACUGAUAUUAAAAUUAUAAAAAAGAUAGAUACUUAUAUUUAUAUGUAAUACAAUAUUAUUUUCUAACAGAAUAGCGUCAAAUAGAACUGUCGUAGAGCGCUGCAAAUGUUUAUAAUUAAUAUUUAUGUAUAUUACGUGGAGAUUGAAUCCAAAUGAAGUGAAUAAUCGAUUCUUCUGUUAUUGCGUUUCUUCCUGAUUUACACAUUCUACACGUACGCUAGCAACUGAAAUGAUUAAUAUCUUUCUCUCCGCGAGAUAUAUGUGAUAUAAUCGUUUCAUUAUAAACUGUAACUAUAUCGCGAAACACGUUCCUUUCGAUUUUCCCAUUCGGUUAAACGAAGAACAAGAUACCUACCUCGUGUGCUUCAUCUCUUCCUAGUUUAUCUCGAUUACGGCUCUGAAGUGUGGAAAUUUGAAUGUUCCACGUAUGUAAUCGUUCAACGUAAUCGAAUAUCCACGUAUAUUUCUCGUAUGAUGUAGAGUUGGUCUAUGAUCUCGCGACGUGAAAACGCGACUCGCGUUUCCGAGAAGAAGCACGUUGGCGCUUUUCUUUCUCUUUCUUUUUUACGUACCGGCAGUUAUUUUAUUUUAAAUACAAUUCGAAACGUUGAAAAUAAUUUGGAUUUUAACUACAGAAACAACAAUUUUAUAACAUUGAAAAAAUAUAUGUAAAUAAAUUAUGUUUCCAGGAGCAUUUAUGUUAUCUCGUUAGGACUUUUCUGAUUAGGAGCGAUUAAAGAGCGUAAAAUCUGUAUAACAAUGUAGCGUUAAAGCGACCUUAUUGUAGCGUGGCCUAGAUUACACAUUUUUCUUUCUUGAUUUAGUUUCAUCUACGGUCUAUCUCUUAAGCGAGAUCAACCGUAUUAUUUUAUUCCGUAUUUCGAAAUCCGAUUUUAUGUAAUCGAGGCGGUCUACACAAAUGCGUGAGAUUUAUUUUUUAAUCGAAAAAAAGUUUAAUUUAUAUGGAUUAAAUAAAUUGAUUUAUAACAAAGGAACAAACCACCCUUCUUUUUCGUAGACCGUCUCUUAUUUUGCAUUUACAUAAUUUUCUUUUGCGGCUUUCUCUCGGUGUGUUUCAGCGCGAGAGGAGUGUAUCCCAAAAAAAAAGAAAGAAUCGCGUUUCCACUCGAACUAUUUGUAUAAAGCGAGGACAACUUCAAUGUAUUUAUUCCCGCAGUAAAAAAUUAAGAGAGCGUGCUCUAUCUUCCUGUAUAUUAAAAAGAGGAAAAAGAAAGGGGAGGCGGAGAGGGAGAAAGAAAAAUACAGAGAAAUGUGUCGAAGCGGCGUGUCUCCGCGUGUAUAAAAAUUCCGAGCGAGUGUGAGUCUCGCACCAAAUAGAAAUGCGUAUUUUUUGAAUGGGAGAUAGCUUCUAGCUCACGCACGUCAGACGUGUGUGCAUCACUCGAUUCAUCGGUGAUAGUCUGGCCUUUCGCCACCCAGUUUAGUCGUACCAAUCGCAUUUAUCAUAGAGGGGUGUGUAGUCUUUUUUCAUCGUUAAGGCAAAUCCGAGAGGCGGACUCGAGGGUAGGAGCAGGAGGGAAAGAAAGAGAGAAAAAGGGGGAAAUACAUUUUGAGACAAGGAUCAGAACCGAUGCAAUUUCGGCGAGCUCGAUUUCCGAGGCUGAAAAUUAUCGCGAAGAUUUCCGGAUCAUUACUAGAGAAAAGUGAAUCGAAGAUCCGAUCUUACCGAGAUUCCGCAUCGGUUUCAGACUUUAGAGCAUUUGCGGAUCAAGGCGAGAUUUUCUCAAAGCAAAGAUUCUUCAGGUACUUAAAGCGAUAGAAGGGCAGGGAGAGAGAGACAGAGAGAGAGAGAAGAAAAGAAAUAAUGAUAAAAUAAAACAACCCGCUUUACACUGGCCGUUAAGCGAUAACUUAAGAGUUUUUGUAUCGUAUGUUUGUUAAGACUACUGUUUUUGUCACUCAACACCCUACCAGUAUUCGAGAGAGAGAAAAAGAGCGAGUGAGAAGGAGUGAAAGGGGAUCGUAAGAAAGAGAAUUGAGAGAGUGUGCGAAUGCUGUUGUACGUCACUUUAGUAUCAUUAAAACGAGCGACGUAUAGUAAAAGAAUAAAGAAGAAAAGCGUAGAGGAUAAAGAUAAAAGAGUGCGAGCGAGCGGAGGAGAAACGGUGGCGGAGGAUAAACGAACGGCCGUAUACCGCAACACGUACAUUCAUUAAGCUACGCAAUGUCGUCUAGCACAAAUCAAGUCAGAAAUAAUUUGAACGAUCAGAUAUUGUAAGAAGAGAACCGAGGGCGAGUAUGUGAAUGUGACGUGAAACUAAUCACGGAUGAGAACGCGAAGAGACGUGUACAUAACAAACGAUAGGAGAACGAUGUUAGUCACGUGUUUCGCGAAGGGAACAUUUCUUAGAUGGUAGAUUAAAAAGAGAAGCGUUUAGUUUAAAAAUAUUAAAAUGUUUUUUAUUUCCGUCUCUGUUAAAUACUUAAAAAUGUUUUAGUUUUAAACGGUGUUUAACUUUAAAAUACUAAAAUGUUUAAAGAUAAAAUCAUUAACAGCUUAAGGUCCGAUUGCACCAAUAUCGUUUAACUUCAAACUCGAUUUAACUUCCUUUCUAGUUUUAGAAAAGGAUAAAAAGUAAACCGAGUUUAAAGUUAAACUAUAAACGGCGCGAACAGACCUUAGUUUAGACCUGUGUUUAAAGUCUAAACACCGCUUAAAACUAAAACUUUAAGUAUGUAAAAAAAAAACGAAGGCAGAAAUAAAACAUUUGAAUAUUUUAAAUUAAAUAUUUCUUUUUCCACAUACCGCUAUACAUACGCGCUGAAUGUUGUUAAAAAACCAGGUGUCCUUCGAAAAUAAUGCGCUGAGAAGAGGUGACCUCUCGCAAUCUUGAGAAGAGACAUUUCCCUGAAGAUCGUUAUAAAAAAUCGAAAGGCUUUUAUGUAAAAGGGACUGCGCACCGCUCUGAUUAAUGUACAUGAUAUUAAUUACUCUGCGUUAUUUCGAGGAUCCUCACACAUCUUACUGUUUAUCGUUAUUUAUAGGAACAGUGAUGCGCUGCAAAUUUAUUUUUAUCACGCGAAAUGGCAUCGUACUUCCCUCUAGAAAGAACUAAGCUUAUUUUUUCAUAUAUGGAGGUGCUUGGGACCUUUUAGAUAAGAUCCGUUCGACUGGAAUUCGCGUGUAUAUUGUGGGCCAGAGACCGAUGCACAAAUUGCAAUCGCGAUCAACGUGGAAGUUUUCCGUAAUAAUGAAACGGCGACGAAGCAAUCAACCGUAUUUCGCUCGCGGUGAAGAAGAGGAUACUCUGUAAAUAUGGCUUUAUUUCGCGAAGCGACUUCGCAACUUUUUUCAUCGUAUUGCACUUGCGGAUUUUCGAUGACGGGUUUUUGCUUCGUAUCGAAUUAAAAGCGCAAUUAUCUAUCUUUGUCUUCUGGAUGAAAAAGAAAUUGGAAAUUUAAACAGGAUUGCUGAUGCGCGAAAUGAUGGAAAUAUGAUUUGCUUCCCACCGAAUCUCUAAAUCUCCCAGGCUAAAUUAUUUGAUAAAAGUAUGGUAGAGAAAUGUAAUCGCUUCAUUAUUGUUAAUCUAAAAUGAUACCCCAUCCAGAAAUUUAGAAUCGUCAUUCACUUUUUAAGUCAAAGUUUAGAAUAAUAUUCCAGUAGUAUUUUUCUAAGAAUUCGUAAAAGAUUGUAAUUUUUAUAUUGGUUUUCAGCAUAAUGUAAACUAUAUAUACAUAUAUAUGUUAUUAUUUAUAUAAUAACAUAUAAUUUCGAAAGAAAUGUCUUUGCAUUAUUAUUAAAAAUUGAUGAAUCAAUAUGUUACAAAAAAUUAGAAUUUAAGCAUUUGUAUUUUUCGUCCUUAAUACUCGGCUGAACUGUACAGACAAAGUGCGAGGCCCGAAAUGCGAAAAGCUGCUGGGUCGUUUUGCGAGAGAACCGGAGCUCGGAUUUCAGUAACGUACCAUUAAUUCACUGAUGAAAAUUGUAAAAUCGCACACAGUAGUCGCCCCAUCCUAUCGAUUUUGUUUUUAUGAAGAGAUUGUGAGAAGAUACGUGAGGGAGGAACAGAGAGAAACAUAGAAAGGGAGAGAAAGAUGAAAAAUACUCCUUGGAUAUGACUGUACAGCAUAUUAACUUGUCCGGAGGUACAUAUAUCGGAGAUCCUUUUUCAAAACUGAAGUAUUAAGGAUUGCAUAUUGUACAUAAACAAGACAUAUUUUCUAUAUAAGGGACGUCGCUCGGUAAGAAGGCCGAUGGCUCGAAAAAUACUGCAAUAUUAUGAUAAUUCUUUCAAGCGGUAGGAUAGCCUUUAAUCGUUUUAUGUAAUGUAAUGAUAGAAAAAGAGAGUCUGGCAGAAUAAAAGUGAAAGUUCUGUAU